UGGGAAACACAGGGCGGAACUAAUGUUCCGGUCUGUGUUUCCUGUCGGGACGAGUUAGCGGUUGCACGCGGGAAACCUGUGAGAUGGCGGUCGUCACCGUGUAGUUCUGAGAGAAUAAUAAUAAUACAUUCAUCUGUUUUAUAUAAAUAUAUACAGACAGAUACAGAACAUGGAGGGUAAGCCCAACCUGACCCUGGUAUUCCAGGCGGUGCAGGCCCUGUACCACGACCCGGACCCGGCGGGGAAAGAGAGGGCCUCCGUGUGGCUGGGGGAGCUGCAGAGAUCGAUGUACGCCUGGGAGAUCGCGGACCAGUUGCUGCAGCUGAAGCAGGACGUGGAGUCUUGUUACUUCGCUGCUCAGACCAUGAAGAUGAAGAUCCAGACGUCCUUCUACGAGCUUCCCCCCGAGACCCACAAUGCACUGCGAGACUCUCUGCUGACCCACAUCCAGAACCUCAAAGACCUGUCGCCCAUCAUCGUCACACAGCUGGCUCUAGCUAUAGCAGAUCUGGCUCUCCAGAUGGCCUCCUGGAAGGGAUGUGUUCACACACUCAUAGAAAAGUACAACAAUGACAUCAGCUCGAUGCCCUUCCUCAUAGAGAUCCUCACCGUUCUGCCGGAGGAGGUCCACAGCCGCUCUCUGAGGAUCGGAGCCAACCGGAGGACGGAAAUCAUCGAAGACCUGGCGUACUACUCCAGCACCGUGGUCACGCUGCUGACUUCCUGUGUGGAGAAGGCAGGCACGGAGGAGAAGAUGCUGAUUAAAGUGUUUCGCUGUCUGGGGAGCUGGUUCAACCUGGGAGUCCUGGACAGCAAUUUCAUGGCCGGGAACCAGCUGCUCAUGGUCCUCUUCCAAGUCCUGCAGAGGGAUGAAACCUCCACAAACCUCCACGAGGCGGCGUCUGACUGCGUCUGCUCGGCGCUGUACGCCAUCGAGAACGUGGACACCAACAUGGGUCUGGCCCUGCAGCUCUUCCAGGGCGUCCUGACGCUGGAGACGGCGUACCACAUGGCGGUGGCUCGGGAAGACCUGGACAAAGUCCUGAACUACUGCCGGAUCUUCACCGAGCUCUGCGAGACCUUCCUGGAGACCACAGUCCGGAGUCCGGGCCAGGGGAUGGGAGACCUGCGGACCCUGGAGUUGCUGCUGAUCUGUGCAGGACACCCGCAAUACGAGGUGGUGGAGAUCUCCUUUAACUUCUGGUACCGACUCGGAGAACAUCUGUAUAAAAUAAACGAUACCGCUCUUCACACCAUCUUCAGACCAUACAUCCAGAGACUUCUGCACUGUUUGGCCCGACACUGUCAGCUGGACCCAGACCACGAGGGGAUCCCGGAGGAUACGGAUGAUUUUGGAGAGUUCAGGAUGAGAGUCUCAGACCUCGUCAAAGACGUCAUUUUUCUGGUUGGAUCCAUGGAGUGUUUCUCUCAGUUGUAUUCGACAUUAAAAGAAGGGAACCCGUCCUGGGAGGUGACAGAGGCCGUUCUGUUCAUCAUGGCUGCGAUUGCUAAGAGCGUUGAUCCAGAAAACAACCCCACGCUCGCCGAGGUUUUGCAGCAGGUGGUCUUACUUCCUGAGACGGUACACAUAGCAGUCCGAUUCACGAGCAUUGAGCUGGUGGGAGAGAUGAGCGAAGUGGUCGACAGAAACCCCAGGUUCCUCGACCCCGUCCUGAACUACCUGAUGAAAGGACUCAGGGAACAGCCUCUGGCGUCGGCGGCGGCGAAGUCGAUCCACAACAUUUGCUCAGUGUGCAGAGACCACAUGGCCCAACACUUCCAGGGACUGCUGGACAUCGCCCGGGCCCUUGACACCUUCGCCCUAUCCACCGAGGCUGCCGUAGGACUGCUCAAAGGUACGGCUCUGGUCUUGGCUCGUCUUCCCUUGGAGAAGAUCGCAGAGUGUCUUUCUGACCUCUGUGCUGUUCAGGUGUUGGCUCUUAAAAAGCUUUUGUCUGAAGAAUCUACUAACGGUAAAUCAGCUGACCCCACCGUGUGGCUCGACAGACUGGCAGUUAUCUUCAGACACACAAACCCCAUCGUAGAGAAUGGACAGACUCAUCCCUGUCAGAAAGUCAUUCAGGAGAUCUGGCCCGUGCUGUCAGACACUCUGAACACUCAUCAGGCUGAUAACAGGAUCGUGGAGCGCUGCUGUCGCUGUCUCAGGUUCGCUGUGAGGUGUGUCGGCAAGGGAUCCGCCAACCUGCUGCAGCCACUCGUCACGCAGAUGGUGAGUGUGUACCAGGUGUAUCCACACUCCUGCUUCCUGUACCUUGGGAGCAUUCUGGUGGACGAGUACGGAAUGGAGGAGGGCUGUAGGCAGGGCCUGCUCGACAUGCUACAGGCUCUGUGCAUGCCGACCUUCCAGCUGCUGGAGAUGCAGAACGGUCUGAGGAACCAUCCGGACACCGUGGACGACCUGUUCAGACUGGCCACCAGGUUUGUGCAGAGGAGUCCGGUCACGUUGCUCAGCAGCAGCAUCAUCGUUCACAUCAUCCAGUGCGCCGUGGCAGCAGCGUCUCUGGACCACCGCGACGCAAACUGCAGCGUCAUGAAGUUCAUGAGAGACCUGAUCCACACGGGGGUCUCCAACGAUCACGAGGAGGACUUUGAGCUGAGGAAGCAGCUGAUUGGCCAGGCCAUGGGGCAGCACGGCCAGCAGCUGAUCACCCAGCUGAUGACUUCCUGCUGUUUCUGCCUCCCCCCCUACACCCUGCCCGACGUGGCCGAGGUGCUGUGGGAGGUGAUGCUGUUCGACCGUCCGACGUUCUGCCGCUGGUUAGAAAACGCUCUGAAGGCGUUGCCUAAGGAGACGUCGGGGGGUGCAGUGACAGUCACUCACAAACAGCUGACUGACUUCCACAAACAGGUCACCAGUGCGGAGGAGUGUAAACAGGUGUGCUGGGCCAUCAGAGAGUUCACCAGACCUGUACCGAUAGCUGCGACCUUCUCACUACACAGGUUAAUCUUUUGUUGACCAACAUUCAGAGGUGACGGCAAAAAGCUGCGACUGCAGACGAGGAUCCGGAGGUGAGGGAGAUAAAGAUGGAGGACUUUGAAUGUGAAACAGGAAAACGCUCUGAAGGACUGACAGAGGACUGAUUGGACACAGUCGUCGACGUCCCCCCCCCCCGAUCUCACCUGAGCUCACCUGCAGCCGGAUCAGGUGGGCAGGGUCAGGUGUGCACUGAUGCGUUCAGGGUCUUCAUCAGUGGACGAGCAGUUUUUAAGAGAAGAUUUAUUUUUGGGACUUUGGUCGUGAUGUUUUCUGUCCGUGCCAUACAAAGAGCCAAAAGAUUUCCCAUGAUGCUCUUGGCCAAGCGGCGGCUGCGAGGCGUAAUGCUGGAGGUUUGGCGUCACCUUUGACCUUUUUAACUUUGGUUGACUUUUAGUUGUUUUUCCACAAAGCGAGACAGAGUGAACUCUGGGUAAUGAGACGGAGAGACUGACACCAUGACAUCAUCGGUGAUGUAGCCUUGUUGUAAACAAUAAACAAAAACAACUGAAA